UCGCUCAUCCUGGUUUCACAAAGAAAGAGUUCCAUUGCAGACGAGUCCAAGCUCAGCAGCCAGUGAAUUCACAGACCCGAGCUAAUCUGUCGUUCGAAGCCUAUGUUUUGUGGGGUUGCGACUCUUUGUCACUUUGCGUUCGCUCAUGGGCCGGAGUCAUGGCUGUAUGGAAAGGGUCGUCCAUCGUUCCGGCCCUCCAGGGCUGUCAACAACCACUCCCGGGAUGAGCAGAGUCUUGGAUGGGGACGCAGCAGCAGCAGCAGCAGACACAAUAUGUUCACCUCAGUUGACUAUGGCGGCGGAAGCUCUCUUUCGUACCAGCUUUUAUUUUACAGUCUGGUGACACGGCGGAAUCCGUCGUCGCCGCACCGUUGUAAGGCUUGACAUUCCUGACAUCCCGACGCCGCCAGAAUUU